CUGAGCCUGCUGCCGCUCAAAUCGGCCAUCCGCACCGGCGCGCUCUCCUCGCGGUGGCGGGGCCUCUGGGAGCAGCGCUGGCCGGAGCCAUCCUCGCUGCGCAUCCGCCUCCCGCCCGGCGCCUCGCGCAGCCGGACCUCAGGCGCUGCCUCGACUACGCGGCCGCGUGCGAGGUCGAGGACCUGCACCUCCGCCUCGACGGCGCCGCGGGGAGGGGGUCGCGCGGGGGCGGGGCCACCCGCGGCCGGGGCAUGCUCACCGUGCACUUCCCCGUGGGGAGCCGCCUGCUCGCGCGCCUGUCCGUGCGGGGGCUCAACCUCACGGCGGCCGCCAACGCGAUGGUCGCCACGCUCGAGGUGAUCCACCUCCACUCCGUCUUCCUCACCGACGCCGCGCUGCGCCGGGUCGUCGCCGCGUGCCCCCGCCUCCGGGAGCUCGAUCUCCGCUACUGCCGCCGCCUCCGACGUGUCGACAUCAGCGCCGUGGGGGUGCCCAACCUCAGGAGCUUCACCAUCGUCGACUGCUCCCGCACCACCGAGCUGCGAGUCCCAGUGGCGCCACGCCUCCGGUCCUUCCGCUUCAGCGGCGCCUUCCUCUCCAGCAACGUCCUUUCCGGUGCUUCAGGGUCACUUGAGCAUCUCUACCUCUGUUCCGGCGGACCAGAGACCGGCUUGCCGCCCACCAACUUGCCCACCUCAGUUUCUCGCCUAUCGAACCUCAGCGUCCUCACCCUCUGCAGCAUUGCGCUCCAGUACAUCUCUGCUUCCACAGCCAAGACCGUAGUGGAGAGCAAUCUUCACAGCUUGAGAGAGCUCCAUUUCCUCAUGUUCGGCAUGGCCAACUCCAACCUUGCGGACAUCUAUAGCUUCCUCAAGACUUGUUCAUGUCCUCAGUUGGAGCGGCUCUUUGUGCAGCUCCCGAUGAACGUUCGUGAUUCAUUCACAGAGAAUUUCUUGGCGGUGGCGGAGGAAGAGCCACCAAAAGGUGGACUAGAAAACCUUUGUUUAGCCAAGAUGACAAAUUUCAAGGGGCACCGUAAUGAGAUGCAACUAGUAGAAUUUCUUCUUAGAAAGUCUAGUUGUCUGAAGAAACUAAUUCUGACUGCUCCUAUGGAGGAUCACCCUCAAGGACUCCGCAAGAUUCAGUCAGAUGUGCUGCCCAAUUUUCUUAAAACAGAAAUACUACAUCUGGAAAGAGCUUCAGCAAAUAGCCAGAUAAUUUUCAGUGAGCCUGAUGGUCCUCAGAUCCAACCAUUGCAUUCGGAGGUCUUUGUCAGGUUUUAGAUUGAUAUGAGCAGAAUAUUGUUGUAGUCCAGUUUCUGCUCAUAAAUUUUUAAAUUUGUAGCUGUUAGAUAACAGACAUGGGGAAAAGAAAUGUGCAAGGCAUACAGAGUUUGAUAUAUGUUUUUUACAAUUCAUGUUACUGAAAUAUUCUGGCAUAGUGAUUGAACUGCGAGGUAAA